UGACACAUAGCAAAAUCGAGAGAGACCGAGAGGCUUCGGGGAGAAAAAAAGAAAAGAGAGAGAAAACGAGAAACUUCGGGGGGGGGGGGAGAACCGCCUCAUCUCUCUUUGGAGGUCUAUCUGGAAGUCUCGGGGGAGGAGAAAAAAAAAAAAGGGUCAGGAUGUUACAAAUGGUAUCAGAGCAGGGAUUAGUUCCCUUGGGAUUACCCUGCGGUGGUGGAAGAUCUAUGGUACCUUCGGGGCAAAUUCUGAUUGCCAAGUCUGAAUUUCACGAAACUCUACUCGUCAGCUGACUUCGACGGCUAAAUGCUCCAUCUUCUGGUACUCAGGUGAUCCUGACUUCUUCAUGAAAGUUGCUUAGAAUUGUGUCUUCUAAACCGUGUUCAAAUUUUAUGAAAAUCCAAUGGUUGGAUCUGCCCAAAUCAAGGUAAAACUAAUGGUUCUUCAUACAAAUUUCUGUGUUGAGAUAAAAUGAAGAAUUGACUCCAAUUCGUGGUUUCAUGUUCUAUAUUCCCUUUAGAAAUCCGGAUUUAUUUCCUAUUAGUCCGGGUCAGGGUGUUACAAAUGGUAUCAGAGCAGGGAUAUGAUUGAUAGGGUAUAAACUGUGGGGGAGAAAUAGGAUCGUGGUUUGGGAGCUCGAUACUGUUGUGAUUUAUUUUCGGUCAAGGUCUAGGCUUUAAGUGAGUUUGAUUUAAGUGAGUUUGCUUAUGUUUGAUGUUUUGUGGUUGCAUGUAGUGUUUGAGAUUAUGAUAAUGAUUUCUUUUGGUUUUGGUAAAGUGGUGUAGCUACUGUUGGUUUCUGGUGUGAGUACAAUUAUUGGCUUCUCUGAAUUGUUUAUCCUGUUGGAUUUGACGAAUAUAUAGUCUUAGAGUAAGACUUUGGUGUGGUUUAUCCUUCUUGAAGGACAAUACUACUUCAAUGUCAAUUCGGCUAGGGUUAACAAUCAUAAAGAUUGUUAAUGGUCUUCUGACCUUGUUUUGUCAAGAAGGUAUUCUGUUAGAUACUUUGAUUCUUAAAUGUUGUCUUUAUUUGCUAAUUUGAUGGUUGCAUACUUGUUUUCCAUAGUGAAGGGUCAAACAUAUCUACUAUGUGCUUGAGUCAUGUACGGGUGUUAAGAACUUUAAAUUGGUUUGGUUUAUUUAAUUUCUAUCAAGUCUAUAAGUAGAUCUAAGGGAUCAAAGAAUAUAUCAUCAAGAAUAUGAAUGCAAGUGAUAGACAAGGAUAUUCUCUAAAGGUAUGAUCAUAAAAAGCGUCAUUUAUUUUACUGGUAAAUCUUUGUCAGUUGUGUUCAGACCUAGUGAUCCAUAUGUAAACUGAAGAGUGAGUACAUUUAGUGUCAUUACUUGUUUAAUUAGUUGCUCUUCAAGUCUUGCAACUGCAUGGUUAUAUGUUUUCUUAUUAUUUACAUGUUGAAACUAACUAAUAUGUAUAAGUGGGACUUGACUUUUGCAUCAAUAUGUUCUGUAUAUUUCUACAAGUGAUGUUUCAAAGCAUUAUGAUCUUACUGCUCCUGUAUUGCAUGCUUAUUAAUUACUUUGUUUUUUUUUAUCAUUUCAAUUGGUCAUAAGCAGCAAAAGAACUGUCCUCUUUCAUUUUGUAUGUCUGAUCGAUAUCAUUUACAAGGAGAAGUUAAAUAGAAGCAAAAGUUACUGGGCACAAGAUGCUUGAAAUUGAGUAAAUCUAACAUACUUUGCAUGAAUUUUAUGUAGUGUGAUUGCAGAUCACUAAUACCUUUGUAGAGAAAUUGUGCAGAAGUUUCAGAUUCGCAGGGAGUUAAACUAGCUCCAAACUUGGUUUUGAAGACUUUGCAUAUUUUUCUUUUCUUCAUUUGUAUUUAUUAGUACAAGUGCAUGUAUAUUAUUCUUUUCAUUGUGCAUUAAUUUGGUUAUGUAAUUAUGUAUAUAUAUUCCGCCAACGAAGCCAGGGAAGGAUCCAUCAAUCUGCAAGUAUCUAUCAGUUGAACUACUUAUACUUAGUCAGUUUACUUUUACCAAGCAUUUUGAUAGUAUGUCUUCAGAUUAAUAUUGCUGGAUUUACUUGCAUAGUUUCUUUAUUGGGAUUGGAUUAAUUUAUGUAUAUACGACUUCGGCAUUAAUCCAAACAGUUGGCAUGUUUCCAAAUCCAAUAUUGAGAUUGCAAAUUUCAGGUUAUGAUUUUAUUUCAAAGGGGACAGUAUGUGACACGAAUGAAAAGUGACAAGUUAACAAGUUAAUGGAUUGAAUCCGGUUAGGCCCGGGAUAUAAUUAAGGAGGGAUCGAGUUCCCUUGGGUGGAAGACCCUAAACCUGAUUGGGGCUCGUGGGACGAGCGGAUAAUUAAGUAGGGAUUGUGCUUUCCUAAGGUGAAAGACCCAAAACCUAAUCGGGAAUCCGCUUAGUACGGGGUGUGCUCGGUGGCCUUAAUACGAGCAAUGGGCUCUAACCGGAAAGAGAAAAAAACAAAAAAUUGAUGAUGAGAAUGAAUAUGUAACUAUGGACGGCAAUAGUUGGUUUGAAUGGCCAGACCAGGUGGAUCAAAUGUUUGUGGCUUUAUGGUACAAAGACAAGGUAUGGUCAAUUUGAAUGGCAAACUCUCUGGAACAAGUUGUUAAAUUUGAGCUUUGCUCAAGUAUUGAUCUUGGAUUUUACAGUAUUAGAAAGAGAUUGAGUAAUUAGGGUUGAGCAAUGCAAUUGAAAAGACAAUCCAUAUCUUCUUGGUGGGGAUAUAUUUGUUGACAGAUACAAUCACUGCAGGAGUGAUUACAUUUCGGGUUAAAUUUAUUGGUUUGAAUUUAUUGUUGAGGAAAGAUUCGUACCAAAUAAAUGUCCCUCAUCUUUUACAUACUGUCUUAUUAAAAACCCCCAUUCCCUCCUGCCCCACUGCUAGGGACGGUACUCGUGUGAAAUUUUUGAAGUCUAAUUCAAAUGCACUGGAAUCGGUUUUUAAGAAGUGCAAUUGAGCGGGAAAAAAAAAAAAUAACUAAAUUUGAUUGGAGCAGGAUGGGGACAAUCAUUUCAUCCAAGUAUGUUAUAUGUUUGCCAAUUUGAGUUUAUGCUGCUAUAGCAUAUCAAAUGGUAUCAACUGGUCCAACUAAACGUUACACAAAUUAUGCUCGAACACAUUUUAUUUGGUCUCUUCCUCUAGCAUCCAUCGGGAAGUAAUGUUUGUAUAUGAAACACAAAGUUGGUUUGCCUUAAAAAAGGGUUUGAAGGUAAAAACCUUCUCUACAAAAAUUGAAAGGCGUAUUGAUUCCGGGGAAUUCAUAAAUGGAUUUAAUCCUGUGCAUCUAGACAGAUGUUGAUAAAAGCAUAUGAAUGAGUUUGAUUUGGAUGUAUAACAAUUUGAUGAGCAUGCCAAAUAAAUGCAAAUAUAUUACUCGUUAAUAGUUGAUUAAUAUAAGAUUAUCACAAGUUAUUGCUCAUAUAUUAAGAACAUGUUUUUCUUUUAAGUGUCAUUAACACUACUUUAAAUUUCGAGGACGAAAUUUUUAAAACGGGGGGAGUUUGUAAUACCCGGCAUUGAGCAGUGAAUAAAGAAUCUGUGAGCCCCGGAUAUCAAGUUUAAGUGACAUAGUUCGAUAAUUUACUUAUCGAUCUCAAUAACAUUAAAGCACGUGAGAAUAUUUUCAGAACUUUUCACAAAGUGAAAUCUCUAGUUUAAGAGUUGGAUAAUUAAGUACACGACACGACGAGUUCGUGGAAAUUUUCAGCGAAUUUUCCGAGUACCCGAGCUAUUUACGGUGAUUGUUCGAAGUUGUGGAAUUUAAGAAAUUAAAUCAAGAAAUGGAAACUUGGUGGAGUGAUGUGAGCCGUUGAUCCACUCACCGCUUGAUCAGGACCGUCCAUUGUUAAAUGGACCUAUCUACAUAUAUGUGUGGAUCAGAUCAAGGGGGCUAUGAGUUUGGUGUUGACACAUAGCAAAAUCGAGAGAGACCGAGAGGCUUCGGGGAGAAAAAAAGAAAAGAGAGAGAAAACGAGAAACUUCGGGGGGGGGGAGAACCGCCUCAUCUCUCUUUGGAGGUCUAUCUGGAAGUCUCGGGGGAGGAGAAAAAAAAAAAGGGUCAGGAUGUUACAGUACCCCAUUGAGAGGUAUCUGUUGACUUUAAAGGAAUAUGUACAUAAUAGAGCUUGUCCGGAAGCAUCAAUAGCUAAAGGUUAUCUAAUGGAAGAAUGCUUGAAUUUCUGUACCCGAUAUCUUAAAGAUGUGGAGAGUAAGUCAAACAGACCGUUAAGGAGAAAGUAUCGUGAUGACCCUGAGAAGGGAAAUUGUGUUCUCAGUGAAGCUAUGCGCAUACAAAUUCAUCGAUGGGUCUUGUUUCAUACAAGGGCAGUCACGCCAUUUCUCAAGGAACAUCUUACUACCAUUAAACAACAAUUUCCGGAUGAAGAUGACCAUUAUGUUCAACGUGUUCAUUUUGAUGAAUUUGCGAACUGGUUUAAGGAUCAUGUUAUAACUCUGCAAAACACAAGUGAUAUCUUGUUAUCAGAAGAAAUUAUUGCCUUGUCUAGUCCUCCUCGUCCUUCAGCAACUAAGGUGAAUUCAUAUACAACUAAUGGGUAUUUCUUCCGUGUGAAAAGUGUUGAUAACAAGCUAUCAAGACAAAACAGUGGUGUAGCUUUACAAGCUAAUACUAUGAGUGUCGGCAAUAAGAAAGAUAAGAAUCUACGUGUAGAUGUUUUACCAUAUUAUGGGAGAUUAUCAAAGUCACCUACUCUGUUGAUAUCAAAUAUGUGUUGUUCAGGUGUGAUUAGGUGCCCACGCACUAUGUUUGAGUUUUUGACUUCAAGUGGAUCUAAUUCUUCAAACAGCAAUGGUUCCUCAUCGCAGUCAUCCUAUAGGUCUACUAAUCCACCUCCUAUACCCCCACCGCCUCCACCCCCACUGCCUCCACCCCCACCGCCUCCUUCUGCACCUUCUCCUCCAAUAUUACCUCUUCCAUCUCUAGAAGCUAAAGCACAAUCUGCUACCAUUAUUACUAGAGGUCACAAUAAAGGUAUCCCAGAGUGGAAUACUAGAAAAAAUUUGCUUGAUGUUUCAGAAGGAUAUAAACAUGUGUAUCUUAGAUGUUGCAAUACACUGUGGAAGGAUCACAAGAGCAAAACCAAAGUCAACUACUUUCAGAAAAACAGAGAUAAUCCAAAUCUAAGUUCUCUAGUUCCUCCACAUAUUAUAGAAAAGCAGUGGAAUGAGCUCAUUGCUUAUUGGAGUAGUCAAGAUGCAAAGCUAAUAGCAACACGAAAUUCUAUCAAUCGGGAGCAGCGUGGACCAGUUCAUAGUACUGGUCGAAAACAUUUCGCCCAGUUGCGAUAUGAGAUGGAACAAAGUGGAGAACAAACCGAUAAGAUGAGUGUGUGGAAAAAAGCACGCAACCAAUCAAAUGCAGAUGUUGCCCAAGUCAUUGAGGAAUAUGACAAGAAAUUGCUAAUGGAACCUGAGGACCAGCUAGAACUUAGGGCUGUAAAAGAUCGAAUAUUCCAUGAAUUGCUUGGGGAAGAUGGUCAUGGUUAUUGUCGUACCUAUGGUUCUACCGUGCCUCGCAGUUUGGUGUAUCCACAGGAAUCAAUGCCUUCUCAUAACACCAAUGACCUCAUCCAGAAAAUAACUGAAGAGGUUACAGAGAAAGUGAAAGAGGCUUUCACAAGGAAGAUGCAGGACCAAUUAGAUAAGCUUCAAGCUCGGAUUAACUUUUUAGAGAGCAAUGAGGGGCAAAACAGAAAUUCAUGUGGACAGGUUGGUACACAAAUCCAUAAUAUUAUUUGUUACAACAGUUGA